CAGGUUGCAUUUCUCAACAGCACAAGUUAAGCCUAAAUCUCAAACCCCUUCAUUACUGCAGGCUGUGGGAAGUAUCUAUUACAGGAAUUUAACCCCCUUUAAAAACAUUAGGAAACUUGUAAGUCGUGGGGGAAGUAUUAAAAGGUACAGUUUGUGUGGAAAUUCAAGGACUCUGAAACUGGGAAGUGCUCCUUUUAUGGGUACUUGCACAACUUCAGUUUAUCCAUUUGCCCUUUUGUGUAGAAAUGGCUAUACAGUUUAAUAAAUUAUGUUCUCGUGUUUUUCCCCUACAGAACCUUGCUUCAUUCAGUGCAUGAGUGACAUGCACUAAAAGACAUCAGUCAUUAUGUAGAAGGCUGAGAUUUCUUCCUCUGCCUUGCGCAACCCAAGUUUUUGGAUGCUUGAUUUUGCAGUUUAGCUAGUAGAAUCCUAACCUUCGUGUACUAAAUAAAAUAUGCUGUUGUCAAUAGGAAUGCUGAUGUUGUCUGCCACUCAGAUAUACACUAUUCUGACUGUUCAGUUAUUUGCGUUCCUGAAUCUUUUACCCGUGGAGGCAGAUAUUUUAGCAUAUAAUCUUGAAAAUGGAACCCAGACCUUUGAUGACCUACCUGCUAGAUUUGGCUACAGACUGCCAGCAGAAGGCUUGAAGGGAUUUCUAAUAAAUUCAAAACCAGAGAAUGCGUGUGAGCCUAUAGCCCCACCUCCACUGAGAGACAAUUCGUCCAGUGCUUUUAUUGUGUUAAUUCGAAGGCUUGAGUGCAACUUUGAUAUCAAGGUUUUAAAUGCACAGAGAGCUGGAUACAAGGCAGCUAUAGUUCACAAUGUUGAUUCCGAUGACCUCAUAAGCAUGGGAUCCAACGACAUUGAGGUUUUAAAAAAGAUUGACAUUCCUUCUGUCUUUAUUGGUGAGACGUCAGCUAAUUCUCUUAAAGAAGAAUUUACUUACGAAAAGGGUGGCCAUGUUGUGUUAAUCCCAGAGUUCAGUCUUCCUUUGGAGUACUACUUAAUCCCUUUCUUAAUAAUAGUAGGGAUUUGUCUUAUUCUCAUCGUCAUAUUUAUGAUAACAAAAUUUGUGCAAGACAGACACAGAGCAAGAAGGAAUCGGCUUAGGAAGGAUCAGCUUAAGAAAAUUCCUGUACAUAAAUUUAAGAAAGGAGAUGAAUAUGAUGUGUGUGCCAUUUGUCUGGAUGAAUAUGAGGAUGGAGACAAGCUCAGAAUCCUUCCAUGUUCUCAUGCAUAUCACUGCAAGUGUGUGGACCCGUGGCUGACAAAAACAAAAAAAACAUGUCCUGUAUGUAAGCAGAAAGUGGUCCCUUCUCAGGGGGACUCUGACUCUGAAACAGACAGUAGUCAAGAAGAGAACGAAGUAUCUGAAAACACUCCCUUGCUUAGACCUUUAGCCUCAGUUAGUACUCAGUCAUUUGGGGCUCUGUCAGAAUCUCAUUCCCAUCAGAACAUGACCGAGUCCUCAGAAUAUGAGGAAGAUGACAAUGACAAUAUUGAUAGCAGUGAUGCAGAAAAUGGAACAAACGAAGAAAGUGUAGUGGUCCAACUACAGCCCAAUGAUGAAAGGGAGUACAGAGUGGCAAAUACUGUCUAAGACUACUAAUGAUGAAUAGUGUAUGAACAAAAGCGUUUUGAAGGCUAUACUUCACAAACCUUUACAUAGGGAAUCUCUUUUAAUCUCUAAUCCAUUUGGUUUCUUCAGUAGGAGCAGCAGUUCAUGUAGUAGUACUAUGGUUAAAUCAUUAGAGAUUUAUUUCUGAUACAGGUAUUCAGUCACACAUUCUGUCUUCUCAAAAUGAACAGUUUAACUGGACUUCACAAUGCUAAUAAAUAAUGUUAAUAGUUUAUAUCAAUAGAAAUAUCACAGACUCUAAAUGUAUCUUGUUGAAAUGGGAUUUAUCUGGAGGUAAUUUUUUUCCAUUUUGUAGCUACAACUGGGUCAUACUGGUAGCAAUAUUUAUUACAUGUACGGUAUGUGUUACCCCUUAAGCCCAACAGAACAAUGUAUUUGCAUGUUUGUAUAGAGUUUUCCUAAAAACUGUCAUCACUCCUGAAAGAAAAAUGUAGAACAGAUCGAUAUUCUAUAUGGUGGUAAUACGAAAACAAAGCAGAAGAAAUUUUAUCUCAAAGCAGAUUCCAAACAGUCCUUUGGAGCUUGCCACACUAGCUGAGUUUAAGCAGUUCCAUUGAUCAAUUCCUACCAUAAGGAAACUUAGAAUAUAUGUUUAGUUUUGAGCAAUUCACAAGAUCCACCAUAAAUACAUUAGUUAUCCCUACUUGCUACUAUGAUGUAGUCUGGUUUCUAGUGAUGAUGUGGGAUUUGGGGGGGGAGGGGGGGAGGAGAGGGAGAAGAAAAGGGGCUGGCCAAAACAGAGGUUUUGUUCCACAUCAAAAAAUAAUUUUAGGUAAGUAUUAUUCUGAUCCUCAACUCAUAUACCUCUUACUAAAAAGCAUUUUAUGCUGCAGUAGUCUGCUAAACUAUGUAUAUAAAGAAAAAAAAAUUCUUUUCGAAUACCUGAUUUGAAAACAAGUGCUUAUAACUGUUUAACAGAACUCAGUACUUACCAGUGUAUCAUGAAAAAAGUAAAUGCUAUAUAAUACCUCUGUAACUAUGUAGAAAGUAAAAACACACGUAUACUCAAAAUGCAGAGAUUUUUUUUACAUGGCCUUGAAUAAGGAAAGCUUGAAAGAAUGUUAAUAAACAUGUUUUCCACUUUAAGUAUCAAAAGGAAUUUAUUGAACUUUUGCAUUACUUACAUUCAUGGUGUAGUCUUCUACAUUUAUUUCUAAGGUUAAAGUAUUUUUAAAGAUCCAGAAGGUGCAGCUAUGAAGAUCCCUUGGUAAGCAGCAGCCUACACUUUGCUGUGUAUCACAGCACAAAGUGCGGGAGGACCAAGUUACACAGAAAACCUUCACUGUUGUUCAUUUUUAGUCAGAAGUUUGAGUCAGUCUGGGUCUGUACGUGUAAUUUGUGUGUGAGAGAGGGAAGACCAGGGUGCUGUUAAUAUUUCCUGCCCACCUGCUGACACCUGUAGAGCUACUGUCUGUGAGCCUGCGUUCCUGAAGUCAGAAAACACUGAAUCCUGGACUGCGGCGAGUACAGGUGAGAGGUUUCCGUUUGUUAUUUCUGACCUAACACACCAAGCAGCAACACCCUCCUUGCUUCAACCUGGCAAAAGAAAUCAAUUCUCUGGGACUGGCUAAGAGCAGAGAAAGUUUAUUUUGCAGAAUGAGGCACGGAAAAGGGAUAAUAACGAAAGAACGACUCAUCUUCAAACCACCGUCACCAGCAAUCCAUGGGGUUAACGACAGUGUAUUACUGUAUUUUCACUAUGUAAAAUUCUACUUUCAGCUUACAUAUGCCUAGUUAAGUCCCAAUGUGAAAACUCUUUCUGAAAACUUAGUAAGCUGAAAGAUGUUUCUUAAAAUGGGUUCCUACUGUUCAGAUCUUAUCAGUGCAUGUGUUUAUUUGUAAUUGUAUUUCAGGCACCCCAAAGCUAAGUGGUGUGAUCCUGCCAUCGCAAAAGGAGGACGAUAGGUGCGCAGGACUGCACAGGGCUUGGGUUCAGCAGAAAAACCAGUUAUGUGGAACUUUGCAAUGUCUGAGCCAAAGCAUUUCACUGUAUCUCUUAACUUCUUCAAGGAAAAUAUUAAUGCAAAUUUAUGACCUCGGUCAUGAUUGUGUUCAGACCUCUAGCAUAGGAAAAUAACCCUCUCUAUUUAAAUCAUCUGUUGAUACAGAACUGUGAAAUUUAUCAAGUCAAGGUUAUUCAAGGAAGGUACUUCACACAGACCCUAGCGAACUGGGUACACAGGCACCAUUCUGCUGUGGAAAUUCAACAACAAACACAUUUGAAAAAGGAAUUUGAGCAGCAACUAAUUAUUACCAAGAAAAAGUAUACAGGUGAUAUACAGACAUCUGCUCAGGAGAGGAGGGAUUGAUCAGAAGGGAACAGAGUUAAGAUAAAUAAGGAAUUUGGUGUGCUCUGCUGAUGGCUAUUCCUGCCUCUGAGGUGCCAUUACAGUUAACUCCAGCUAUGGCCUUAUUACCAAAAAAAGCUUUGGGGACUGAUCCUCCCCCCAGAAAUAAAAAGUAGUUCUGCAGUCAGGAUGUGAGUUGGGUUAAAUUGGGUUUAGACAGUUUAGAUACAGAGCAAAACAAGGAUUCACACAUGUUUAAUAGGAGAAGUGAAAGGUUUCCAUCCUGUGUACUAGUUACUACUAAAUGUAAACUUGCUUAAUGCUAUGGGCUUGUUGUAGUCUGUUCUAACUUUAGCACUAAGAGCUGGAAGGCAAGUUUGGACACCAAACAACUGGAGUACUUGGAGAAGGUAAGACCUUUUGUAUACAAAGGUUUUAGUUAGGUUGGGAUCUAGUGGCAAGCAAAAGAGCAGGUGCAACAUUCACACUGAAGAUGAAGAUGUAGGGGAGAACAAAGGGAUUUUAGUGGUCAUCUCCAGGACCCAGGGAAGCACAGCCUUAGCUAACCUCCUGUGGUUUCUGCUUUUUUUUCUUUCUUUCCCAGCCCCUAAGCUCCCAUUGUUCACUAUCACAUCUCACCAGUGCUGUUAGUUCACAGGGCCCAUCUCCUCUUGGGUAGCAGAAGUGCCAAAAGCCAGGCAGAAUUAUUUUGGGGUGAAACCUUAACUCUGUCCUUUCUGAGGGGAGCAUGUUCUUACCCUGUAGAGAGCUGACCCUAGUGAGACUGCUACAUAUCCUAAUGAGUAGAUAAUGUAGCUUUUGUUCCAGGGGUUGUGCAUUAGGUACCCAUGUGGCAGGGGACCCCUCUAUAGUCAGAUAAACGUGGAGUUCAGUGACAAGACAUCAUCUCACUUAAGAUGAUUUACCCCAGAGAGGGCCUGGCCUUUGACUAAAACGGUAUUAUCAUACUAUUGCUGUCUUACAAAACUCAGAACUGCACUUACAUCUAGUAUUAGUGUAGUCAGCCAUGCAGUGAAGAAGGGCCUCAGAGGAUUCCUGUUAGGAGGGGAAAAAUUACCAACAGUCUGAUUUUGUUUGGUUGGAAUAAAUUUAUUUCAUCUGUCUGUAAACAAGGUGUUUUUAAUAGUUAUGGCAUUUUUUGAAAUGCAUAUUAAAUCAGAUGAGUUAGACUGUAUCCCAGAUGUAACAAAGUGCAGGGAAAGAAAUGGACAAAUCAGCAACAAGAAUUUGUUUAAAUCUGUACAUUAUCCACAAGGCCCAACAAUAGAAGCAAAGACUAGAAUGUCCCUACAGUAGUGCCAUUCGAAAGAAACCCUCGUAGUCAGUUAAAAUCCAUCUCACAAUAGCAACAGUUCUUUUUUUUUUUUUUUUAACAAUAGUAUGGCACAGAAUACAUAGUAAAAAAUUCAUCACAAGACAGCCAAGUCAGUUAUUCCAACCAAUACCAUCUCCCAUUUAUUCUUUUGUAUACAGAGUUCUGCAGUUCUCUCUAAAUGGACAUACAAGUUAGUACCGUGUCUGAACUGAGAGUUUGGUUACAGACAUUUCAGAUGACUAGUGCACAAGGCAGUUCACUCCAUCAUUUCUGCAGCAAAGGUGUGACAGGCCAAAUAAAGAUUUAAAAUUUGAAAUGGCAUCAUUUUGACAGUUUAGCUUUCAAACUACCAACCUUCAUCCAAACACUGGCUUCAGAGCAGCAGAACUCUUUACCAGUGAGUGAUGUGGCAGAAAGACCGGAGUCAGUCAGAGCGCCCGGUGUAGCUGAAGGUGGCAGUUUUCCACAAUGACAUUGCAGUUUCAUAUUAAAAAA